GCACUUCUGAAGACCUUGCUUUAUAUGUACAAGCUUUAAAAGAUUGUCUACCAAGGAUUCCCACAAACUCCUUUUCCAAGACACAUGGAAUGAUUGAGAUGCCAAAUCCUACACCAAAGCUCUUGAUUUUUGAACCAUUUAUUGAGACUGAUGAAGUCAUAGUUUCAUCUAAAUCAAAUGAGAAGCUCUCUUGGAAAGGUAGUAAGCCGUGGGUAGAGGUAACCGUGGGUGUCAUCGGGAAGUAUGGGUCGAUGCAUUCGCUAAGCCCCAGUCUUACUGUCAAGGAAAGUGGCGAUAUAUUGUCACUCGAAGAGAAGUUCCAAGGAGGCACUGGCAUAAAUCUUACUCCACCGCCACCAUCAAUCGUGAGUAAGGAAGCAUUAGAGAGAUGCAAACAAGGAAUUGAGCUGAUUGCAAAAACUCUCGGGUUAGAAGGGUUUUCCCGUAUCGAUGCCUUCGUGCAUGUUGAAACGGGAGAGGUAAUGGUAAUAGAGGUGAAUACAGUUCCCGGGAUGACUCCUUCCACUGUUUUAAUCCAACAGGCAUUAGCAGAGCAGCCGCCAAUAUACCCUCCUCAAUUCUUUCGCUCAGUGCUCAAUCUUGCUGCUCAAAGAGUCAAGUAAGGCUUUUUUUUCUGUUUCUAUCAUUCCCAAGUGUAAUAAAUAAGUGUUGUAAAUUUCAUUUCGUUGUGGUACAAUCAAAACAAAUGUUUGAAUUAUGUGACGAAAAAUUUGUACUUCUGUUAACC